UUAUGAUGGGUGGUGGGUGAUGGUGAAGAAGAUGCACGAUAGGUCGUAAAAAAAUUUUAAAAAUUUCUUUCAAGCAUGCAGUCCGCUACGAAUAUUUUGUCAAUUCAGAAAACAGAUAUUCGUGAUUCCUUGAAAUUCAUAAUCAAUGAUUCACAUCUACAUAUCGAUGUGUUUCGUUUCAAUCCACGAAUUUGUGUCAGGUUCUUUGUUAAAUCAAACGAUUAUUAUAUUUACAUUUACUUACAUGAUAUAAGAGCUCAAUUCACACAAUAUCUACGAUCAUGGCAAUUGUGGUAUAUUACAAAGCAUUCACCAGUAGACGCGAUACUUAUCGAGGACUGCGUGAUAUAUAUCUUGUAAAUCUUAUUACAAAUGUCGACGGACUAUCACGCAAACAGAUCCACUGAAUACCGAUCCCCUCAUAUCAGAUCAUUUUCGUUUCUUUCAAUUUUUAGUGAAAGUUUCAGUGUAACGUGGAACUUUGUCUCGAGUCUUUAGACAGCCUUUGGACUUAUCCUCAGAAUUAAAUAUUUUAUUGCUAAUCAUUCCCAGUGACUAGCUAUUUUUUGACUUAUGGUUUGUUAGUGGUUGGUAAUCAUUGUCAUGUUACGUAUUUAACAAGUACGAGGUAUCUCGUUAUCGUCUGUUUCCGACUAUUCUUCCCCUUCUUUCAUUUUUCUUUCAAAAAUCCAAUCCUAGUCGCAAUCAAUAACGUGGAAAAACAUUUACGUCGCUUUCGAAAAGGAUGUCUAGGAUGUUCCCUGUCAUGUUGCUGUCUUUGGCCAUCCUAUUCCGUGUCGUUUGCGAAUUAUCCCUGCCGAAUAGAGCGAAUUCGGAUAUCAUCUACUCCAAUAUACAUCCCUUCUUAGAAAAAUGGGCCAAGACCAGUCACACGAAGCUGCUAACUGUGAUAUUCGACGAUUACGAUGAUCACAGCGCUUUCGACGUCCCUCGUGGCGUUUUAGUUCGCUUAAAUCUAUCCAUAAAACUAGUCAGCCUGAAACAUCUAAUAUCUUUGAAUUAUAAAGACGUGAGACACGAUUAUCACACCGAAAGUUGCGUGUUAUUAUUGUUCUCGAACGUGGACCAUCUGAGAGAUAUCCUCAGUUCUCCGUAUUUGACCACGUUUUGGCAUCCAGAGAAUUUCUAUAUUCUCCAAGAGCAGAGGCGACGAGUCAUCAAUUUGUCCGAGUACGAGAAAUUUUGUAAGUGGGCGUUCGAAAAGCUUUGGAGUUUUAGAAGGGUUUACAAGCUACUUUUUCUCGCCAACGACAAAACGAUUCGACACGAUCCCUUCGGUUAUGCCGCUCGUCACAUCAGGCAUUACUUCAACACCAGCUGCGACUGGCAGUGUAUCAAAUCGCACGAGGACGAUUUUCUGUUGAUCAGCGAGCGAAAUGCCACUGAUAUAUCGGAUAUGUUCGUCGAGGAUAGAAGGGACUUCAAAUUGUUUCCCUUGAAGAUCUCCAUCUUCGAAACGAGCACAAUGAUCUUCCACGAUGGCCACUUCUCUGGGCUGGAUUUCAACUACCUCGAGGAAGUCUGCAGAAUGAUGAACGUGACGUACGUUCUGAUAAGAUCGAAGGACAAAUUCGGCUGGGAAGAGAAGGGUGCAUUUUUCGGGACCAUCGGACACUUGGUCCACGGGUUCGCGGACGUGUCUUUCAACGAGUUCUUCGUAAAGGGCUACUCAACCAGACAGUUGGAGUUCACGACCUCGAUCACCAGUGACAAAUUGUGCGUUGUUGUUCCGAAAGCUUCGCCAGUGCCUGAUUGUCUGGUGAUGGUGAAGAUCUUCACAGGUAAAGCCUGGCUGUUGGUGUUUGCGACGCACUUCGUCAUCUCGAUGAUCUAUACGAUCUUGAAGAACAAGAGAAAUCGGAGGAUCUUCGCGGCCAUUCGACAAGGCGGAAGAGCGUUUUUCUGCUGCGAAUAUCCCGUUGAUACGUACUUUUUAGAGGAGAUUGUUCCAAAGACGACGGAGAAAGCACUGCGCGACAAGGUGUACGGGUAUUCUCGUCUUGCUAACGGAAUUUGUUUGUUCAGGAAGAAGCAAAAUGUCUGGCCGAUAAUAAAAACGAAGAAGGAUAAUUCGAAGCGAUUCAAUCGAGCGUUUCUGUCUUUUCUCAAGUUUGGAAAGUAUUUCUCAAAGGUCGUAUUUCAACUGAUGCAACCCUUUAAAUUAGGCCAGGCUUGGUUCCCCGAGAGAUUAUUGCUGAUGUGCAGUUUGCUUCUUAGCUUGAUCCUCAAUGGGAUUAUCACUUCUCAACUUGCGUCCAGUUUCAGCAAAAGGAUGUAUUACGAGGAUAUCGACAGUUUGGAGCAGUUGGAAGAAAGUGGUCUCACGAUCUUGACAGACGCCAAAGAUGUUAUAAGCGACGCAUUUACUGAUGUUACAUCACCAUUGAUCAAACGACUGAACAAAAGAUUAGAAUAUGCAAACAGUACGGAAGUUAAUAGAAGAUUAUUUGAAACGAAAGACGCUGGUUAUCUUCAUCGAUUCUCGACGCUAUCGUUAAAAUACAACGAGAAUCAGAGGGAGAGACUACACGUCGUCAAGGAAUGCCCGAAGGAGUACAUCCUCUCCAUUAUAAUGACAAAAGGGUCUCCAUAUAGCGGUCGUAUAAACAGGAUCAUUUCCCGGCUAAACAAUGGUGGUUUCUAUGGGAAAUGGUAUCAAAGCAUGUAUCAUUUGCAAAAACGGCCGGAACAGGUAACAAAUGAUACAACGUUACAUAGGAAGAUCACUAUCCGACAUUUAUUUAUUCCAUUCGGGAUACUAUACGUAGGACUGACUAUGAGCAUAAUCGUAUUUAUCUACGAGUGGCAACAAAAUGACGUUCGACAACUUGUUCAACAACGUUCUUCUUAG